GUAAGCCAUAACUACCUCCAGCUGGGUCCGUAACCCGGAGUUAGUGAAAACUAGCCUUCUCCGUCUCCCAAUAUUCUGCCGCCAGGUCGCGCCAGUGAUAUCAUCGUCAACUUCAACGCGUCUUUUCUUACUUUUUUUUUUUCCCUUUCUUUUUGAAUCCCCCCUUCAAGAUCCUAUUUCCCUGCUUUCCCCUCUCCCAUCCUUUUCGAGACCUCAUCCUUUUCGUUCUCUCCCGCUGCUCCUUCUGCAGCAUGUCCCGCCCCUGAAUCAUGUGGAGACGAACCUAUCUACUCUUACUACUCAUCCGUGUUUACUUUGCACUCUCGCCAAGCUAUCUACACCCCGAUGAGAACUUUCAGGGCCCCGAGGUCUAUGCCGGUAUGUUGACAGUCCAAAGACAAGAUUUAAUUAUUUUCCAGCACCAUUCUUCCCUUGCGACAUUCUUGGAAUCACAUCGCGCGCCCGCUGAAAAUUAUUUGCGAGCGGCUGUCGCGGAUCUUGCGAUGCGCCCGGUCCCGCGAUCUGCCUGCCCAACACAAAAACAUGCCACGAUCUCGUCUACACUGUCGGUCAUUAUACUAUUCCUUAUCGGAUAGCUAAUCCAGAUCAUCUCUGCCAGGCCGCAUCUUCGGCUAUCCCUCCAAACUCCCCUGGGAAUUUACCGUCGACCACCCCAUCCGUAGCGUCUUCCCACUAUGGCCCACCUACGAGGUUCCCAUGAGCCUUUUGCAUUGGUUCUACACCGAAUACGGCUCUGGCAAUCCACCACCACAACUGGUAUACUAUGCUUUGCGAGCUGGAAUGUUCCUGCUGAGCUUUGUGUUGGAGGACUGGGCGAUCUAUGAGCUGGUGCCAUCUCCGCGCCACCGCCGUGCGACGGUUGUCCUGGUGGCCUCGUCGUAUGUCACCUGGACAUAUCAGACGCACACCUUUUCCAACUCUCUGGAAACAUUGCUGGUAGCCUGGGGCUUGGUUUUGAUUCGACGCAUCCUCGAGAACAAGCAACGCUCAUCCUUCUUCUCCUACGCUGUUCUCUCCUUCAUCGCAGUGGCCGGUGUCUUUAAUCGCAUUACCUUUCCCGCCUUCCUUCUCAUCCCAGGUCUACAAUUGUUGCCAUACUUCCAGCGCAAACCAAGCUCUCUAAUAGCAAUUAUUGGCUUCGGCGCUGUCUUCUCCUCAAUAGCAAUCUAUACCGACACCCUCUUCUACCGACCCUCCUCGACCUUCCUCUCCGCCAUCCGCAACCCAAUCAUCACACCGCUAAACAAUCUCCUCUAUAACAGCGACACCUCCAACCUAGCCACCCACGGCCUCCACCCACAUCACCAACACUUCACAGCAAACCUCCUCCAACUCCUCGGCCCAGUCUACAUCGUCAUGAUCUUCUCCCUCUUCCGCACUCUCCAAAUACCCACCUGGCUCCGCAACGCACGCGCCGUCUCCGCCCUCUCCGCAACACUCCUCCUCUCCAUUUUCCCCCACCAGGAACCACGCUUCCUCAUCCCCUGCGUCCCCCUCCUCCUCAGCUGUAUCCGUGUACACCGCUCCCGCAUCUUUCUGGCAGCAUGGAUCAUCUUCAACGCCAUCAUGGGCUUCCUAAUGGGCGUCUACCACCAAGGCGGCAUCGUCCCGGCCCAACUCGCCAUGCGGACUAUCGUCUCCACCAACACCGUUGCACAGGGCAUAAAAACAAACCCCGACGCAUCAGUCUUCUGGUGGAAAACCUAUUCCCCACCGCAAUGGCUCCUCGGCGCAGAGAACAGCUCCACGCCCGCGAUCACCACCCUCGACCUCAUGGGCAUCCCAGGCGUAGACCUCAUCCAGCGUCUCGACCAAUCGGUCCCACCAUGCGGCGCCGUGUCACCAGUUUACCUCGUCGCGCCGACAUCAGCGACGUUCCUGGACGAGUACGCCGCGACCGGGUCGCCACGUACCCCCGAUCUUCAACUGUACCGACUCUGGACGUACCGCAAGCAUCUGAAUCUGGAUGAUCUGGACUUUGGCGAUGAUGGGGUCGUCCCGACCCUGGCGCGGGUGAUUGGGCGGCGCGGGUUGGGUGUUUGGUCUGUUCGGCGGGCUUGCAAAUAAGGGGCGUUCUUUCCUUUGAGAUACACCAUAUAUCCUUUUCUGUUCUCUUGACACUUUUUUUUUUUUUCAUUGUCACUUACAUUGGGUGGUUGGUCGGAUCUUGGUCAUGGUCAUGAACGGGGUUGGGGUUGGGGGUCG